AUGAUCGAUCGAUCGCUCUCCACAAACCUUCUCUCUCAGCCUCAGGGAUCCUCAUCAGAUAAAAGAUGGGGCUUACAUUCACCAAACUCUUCAGCCGCUGGUAAGACCACCAUUUUGUACAAGCUCAAGCUUGGCGAGAUUGUCACAACAAUCCCUACCAUUGGAUUUAAUGUGGAGACUGUUGAGUACAAAAACAUAAGCUUCACAGUUUGGGAUGUGGGGGGUCAAGACAAGAUUCGUCCACUAUGGAGGCACUAUUUCCAGAACACACAGGGUCUUAUCUUUGUGGUUGAUAGCAAUGACAGGGAUAGAGUUGUUGAGGCAAGAGAUGAGUUGCACAGGAUGUUGAAUGAAGAUGAGCUAAGAGAUGCAGUUCUCCUUGUAUUUGCUAACAAACAAGAUCUGCCAAAUGCAAUGAAUGCUGCUGAAAUCACUGAUAAGCUUGGCCUCCACUCCCUCCGACAACGCCACUGGUACAUCCAGAGCACCUGUGCUACUUCUGGGGAAGGACUUUAUGAGGGUUUGGACUGGCUCUCCAACAACAUUGCUAACAAGGCAUGAUCUGAGGAGGUGAUUGUAUUUUGAGGAGGCAGGCAAGUUUUGCUUUUUGUAUGGUCAGUCACUUUGGUGUUCUCGUUCUUCUGUCUGUGAUGUAGAGGUUCGAGAGGUUAUGAAACAUUAUGUUAAAAAGGCUUUUUUUUUAUUAUUAUUAUUUUAUUUUUGCAUUUAAAUAUAGGACAGUUAUGGAACAUGUAUGAUACGAUGUUUGGUUGGAUUGCUGCAAGUAUUUUAAAGGUAUUAUAUGUCUGUCUGUUUUUUGUCUGGUUUCUAGGUUUUGACUUUUGAGUUUUGAUUAAUCACUUUAAACACAGAUUUAUUAAUGUCAGAUUUAUGUUUGUC